AUAUAAAUGGCUUAUUUUACUAGGAUGACAAGCUCUUUCUUUGCCUUAUUGUUCUUCCUAGUUCUUGGUUGUGAAGCUAGAGUUCCAGGAAAAACUAGUGGAGGAUUUAUUAGAACAAAUGGUGCACAUUUUGUACUAAAUAGAUCACCUUUUCUAUUCAAUGGUUUUAACUCUUACUGGCUCAUGCACGUAGCAUCUGAUCCUAGUGAAAGGUACAAAGUCUCUGAGGUAUUUCAAGAAGCCUCUACUGCUCGCCUUUCUGUUUGUCGAACUUGGGCUUUCAGUGAUGGAGGAGAUACAGCAUUACAAAUAUCACCUGGUGUUUAUGAUGAACGUGUUUUUCAGGGAUUGGAUUUUGUGAUCUCGGAAGCUAGGAAAUAUGGGAUUCGCUUAAUAUUGAGCUUCGUCAACAACUAUAUUGAUUUUGGAGGGAGAGCUCAAUAUGCUCAAUGGGCACGAAAUGCAGGAGUCCGGAUUAAUAGUGAAGAUGAUUUCUACACUCAUCCAGUGCUCAAAGAUUAUUACAAGAAUCAUGUUAGGAAAAUUGUAACAAGGUUGAAUACUAUCACUGGAAUGGCUUAUAGGGAUGAUUCAACUAUAAUGGCAUGGGAACUUAUGAAUGAGCCUCGUUGUAAAGCUGAUUAUUCUGGGAAAAUAGUAAAUGCAUGGGUUCAAGAAAUGGCAACUUUUGUGAAAUCAAUAGACAGGAAGCAUUUGCUGGAGAUAGGAAUGGAGGGAUUCUAUGGUGAUUCAAUGCCGGAAAAGAAGCAAUUUAAUCCUGGUUACCAAGUUGGAACAGACUUCAUUAGUAGCCAUCUCAUCAAAGAGAUUGAUUUUGCCACAAUUCAUGCAUAUACUGACCAAUGGUAAUUAAGCAAUUCUUCUAGACCUCAAAUUUCGACAAAGGAAUAUAUAUAUACUAGUUUCU